CUGACUGCGUCUGCCGGUGACAGACAUGGUACGAACUGAACACAGCUAGCUGAGAAGCUAAACGAGGAUUAUAAAACAACAACUGCCAAAGAGCAAAACAACUACCGGAAGAUACGACAACUCGAAAGGAGCUGCUUUAGCUAACGUUAGCUAAUAUAUUUAAAUAGACACGCCGGUGUCGGUUCAGUUUUUAUGUUUCGUUUGGACAGAAGCUGUGCUGCUAGCUAUUGCAGGUAGCUUGCUAGUUUGUUAGCUAGCUUGAUAGCUAGAAGUUUACGAAGUGACGAAGUUUUUUUCUUUCCAUUCCUUUGUUUUUCCUACUUUUGUGGGUGCUCGGACUUCUAUGUGACGGUUGCAUUUACCUUUACUUUUGCUUGCAAUAUGGCAGAAGCACCGCAACAACAACUGGUGGACAUCGACCCGGAUUUCGAGCCGCUCUCACGACCCCGAUCAUGUACCUGGCCGCUGCCGCGGCCAGAAUUCAUCGAUCCAGCCAGCUCUAACACAUCCUCGCCGGCUACCUCCGUCAAGCAGGAGCCGGGCAGCAAUGUUGAUUUCAUCAACAAUCUAAGUUUGCUAGAAGAGACCGAAGACUACCAGGAGCAGAAACCCCUCGUCCUUUGCAAUGAUUUUCAGUGCCGAGAGAACUGCAUCCACCAGCAGACACAGCAGCAGCAUCAGCAGCUGCAACAGCAGCACCCAAGCCCACAACUCCCGCCACAGCAACAGGUGCCCUCGCUGUCCUCCCCUGUGGGCACUGCCUCCUCGGUGUCCGCCGCCGCAGCUGCCGCCGCUCAGAGGAAGAGCAGCUCGUCUCGUCGCAAUGCCUGGGGAAAUAUGUCUUACGCUGAUCUGAUCACUAAGGCAAUCGAGAGUUCCCCGGAGAAGCGACUCACCUUGUCGCAGAUCUACGACUGGAUGGUGAAGAGCGUGCCGUACUUUAAGGACAAAGGUGACAGCAACAGCUCCGCCGGUUGGAAGAACUCCAUCAGACACAACCUAUCCCUGCACAGUCGGUUUGUCCGAGUGCAGAAUGAGGGAACGGGGAAGAGCUCCUGGUGGAUGCUGAACCCAGAGGGCGGAAAGAGUGGGAAAUCCCCGCGCCGCCGAGCUGCCUCCAUGGACAACAACAGCAAGUUUGCCAAGAGCCGAGGACGGGCUGCCAAGAAAAAGGUGUCCCAUCAGGGUGGGGUGGAAGGGGGAGCAGACAGCCCUGGUUCCCAGUACUCUAAGUGGCCUGGCAGCCCUAACUCUCACAGCAAUGAUGACUUUGACGCCUGGACCACCUUCAGGCCCCGCACCAGCUCCAACGCCAGCACGCUGAGCGGGCGACUCUCGCCCUUCAUGCCUGAGCAGGAUGACCUGGGUGACGGCGACGUGCACCUGGUGUACCCCGGUGGCUCAGGGGGUAAGAUGACUGCCACCCUGCCCAGUUUGUCAGAGAUGACCCCCACGCUGGGCCAUCACAGCUCCGAGAACGUUAUGGAGAACCUUCUGGACAACCUCAACCUUCUCUCCCCAAAGAACUCUCAAGUCGGGGCUGGGGGCGCCGGCAGCGGGUCCUCCCAGUCCUCCCCAUCCUCCAUGAUGCAGACCAGCCCUGGAUAUCCCCCCUACAGCUCCCCCAGCAUGGCCUCACAGCCUCCCCAGGACUACCGCAAGUGCCUGUACGGCCAGGCCGGCAUGAACACCCUCUCCCCCAUGCCCAUGCAGACCUUGCCAGAGAGCAAACCCAGUUUCAGCCCAUAUAUGAGCCAGUACAACUGCCCGGCAGGCCUCCUCAAGGAGCUGCUGACCACGGACGCUGACCCUAAUGGUGAACUCAUGCCCUCAGUGGAGACAGUGGUGUCCCAGCCAGGUGGGGGUCAUAUGCUCCCCACCUACAGCAGCCAAGGCCAGCCAGGGCACGGGAGCAAGAUGAUAAACCAGCACCCCCACCCCCAUGCGGUCCACAGCCAGGCCCCUCCCACGUCCGUGGGCAUGAACGGCCGUACACUUCUGCCCCUCACCAGCAUGAGCCAUAGCAGGGUUCCCGGCCGCCUGGCCACUGUGAAGUCCCACAUGCAGUUGCCGCACGGUCACCCAGCCCAUCUGGGCGGGGUCAUGCUGCCCAACUACUGCACUGUCAACAGCAAUGGCUAUGGAAGGCCAGGCUUUCCCCAGCCGCACCACCCCGAAAAGCUGCCCAGCGACCUGGAUGACAUGUCCAUCGAGCGCUUCGAAUGUGAUGUUGAGUCUAUCCUGCACGACACGCUCAUGGAUGGAGACUCCCUGGACUUUAACUUUGACCCCACGGUCACCCCUCAGGGGUUCCCCCACAGUGCAAAGACCACCACUCACAGCUGGGUAUCAGGAUAGAGGACUCAACAAAGGAAAGAGACACACACUGACAGGUUAAAUCUUAAAAAGCUCCCCACACACAGCUGGGCAUUCAUCAGGAAAAUGGAAAUAAGCAGUCCAAAGAAGCCAUUCUCCUCCACCACCCUUACUCAUGAUCUUUUUUAAACAGAAGGAAAAAUAGCUUUUUUUUUCACAAUCUUAGCUCUCGUCUUGUCAGAUUUGGCAGCGAGUGGCCGUUUUCCUGUCCGGGACAUUUGCGCACUGUGUUCAGGUUACACGCUGCUUUCGUUCAUUUUUUAAACCUUGAUUGCCAUUGAAUCUCACACAGUAAACAAGUGCCAAACUCUUUGCGCAACUGUCAGAACAGAGUUUAUUAACACGUUUUUGCAGAGUUCAAAAAUCAGUGAUACAUGUUCUCUAUAAAAAGUGCCUAUCUAACCUCUGGUUUCCAGCCACAGUAACAUUGGACGAAUGGAAACAUACACACACACACACACACACAUACGCACACACAAACAUAAACACAACCAAGAACUUUGAAGGUAACCUAGGACUUGUCUCCUGUUGUUCUGUUUCUUUCUUUAAUGUGUUUUCUUUGAAACCUUAUGUGUGUCAACAUUGGAGAUGUCCUUCAACGGUGACUGUGGACAUAUCAUACUCUACUCCUGCAGUACAAAUAAAUAGCACUGUAUGAAAAUAAUUUGCUCAACCUGCUUCGGCCAGGGUUGCCAUGAAGGAAAACUGACGUGAGAAUUCAGGCUGUGGGGGAGAGUGGCAUGUACAGUAAGCACUGCAGUCUGGCUGGGGUCGGCCAAAGCAGGAUGUGGAAGAAGUACACGAGUCUGCAGGGACUCUUGGACGUGUUUUCAUCAUAACACAUUUUGGUGUUGUUUAUUCUAUUUAAUUUUUUUGAUCAUACUGUUUUAGGUGUACUACAUUAAGGAGUAUACUGUAUGUUUCUUGUACAGCAAGUUUACAGAACCAUGACACAAAAAAGACAGAAAAUCAGAGCAGCAGUGAGACGUCAUUUUGAAAACAGGAAAAGAACAUCGAAAACUGGAUUUGACUCAAAGUUACAUUUCAAGUUUGAUCUUUUUCAAACUUGAAGGUUGUUUUUAAUGAGGCUCUUAGCAAGUUUUAUGUUUUUCUUGUAAAUAGUUUAAAAACAUGUAUUAGACAUAUAAAAGUGUAUGUAUUUCAGGUGCAGAUUAUAUCAUUUGACAUUUCUCCUUAUGUUCUUGUUUCUUCAUUGGAACUGAAGUGUCUCGACAGUGCUGGAGUCUUUGCUACUUUGAGAGCAAAGUUUGUUCAAAUUUCUUCAAAAUACCGAUGUUUUCUCUAAAGUCCUCUUGGUAGCAAAUAAGGAGACAUGUCAUGAUCAUGUCUCAGACACAUUCAGAGGGUUUUCAGGCAUUGUUAGAACCGUCUGGCUGUUUCAUUAUCCUACAGUGACAGACAUGAAAGGUAUUAGUAACUCCUCAUUGUCAAUAUAAAUGUUUAGCCCUCAUGGUCAGUAGAAAUGCUAUUUUUUCUUGUUUUGCUUUUGCAAGGUGGAGUGUUUGGAGUUAUUCCUUGAAAAGGUGCCUAAAGUCUCUUGUGUGCUUCCCCUUCCUCUUGUCCAGCAUUCUCUUUCAUUUUAAAAGGACUGAUAAAGGAAUGUUUGCCUUGCUCUGUAGGAACAUGGUAGUAUGGGGGUGUGAGUGUUUUGGAGAAGAGGUUGCUGGUGAGUGCAUUAGGUUUUACACUGAACAUGGAAAGCAUUCAUUGAAGAGUAUGGAAUCUUAGGGAGACAAGAUGAGGUUAGCACAGAUUUAGUAGGACUACGUCCUCCAGGGGGGGUAGUCUGUUUGAAUCCAUUGAGGCUGUUGGUGUUGAUUUGCUCUUGUUCACAUUGUUCAGGAUGAGAGUGAACAUGUUAGCAACCCGUACUUAAUCCAGAUCAUUCACGUAGGUUACAGCAUAGUGUAGUUAUUUACUCAAGAGCUGAUGUACUGCCCUUUGCACUGUGAUUAUAGAUGAUCGGAGAAUACAAGCAAACGUUGUCCAAUAUUUGCCCCGCUUCAGCUGGUUCAUAGAAGUACCUCGGUGUGUACGGUAUCUCAAACUGAAAAGUUGUGGAGGCACUGAUGCCUACUGGAUCAGAUGAUGCCAGGGUACCUGUUUUUGCUCCAUUCUGCCCCCUCCUGCCGCCAACUCUUUCCCCUUCUCCUUCCUUUCUCCCUCUCCCCUUCUCAUCCGCCCCUUCCCCCCCACUCUCUCCUUUACUCAGUGGGCGUCACGGCGCUUUGUGCAUUAGUGAUGUCAAUCGAGGUAGGGGUAAUGUGAGAUGUUGACGCAGAUAAUGGAUUCUAAAGUUCAGCUCACUGUGCUGAAUAGAUAAAUUUAGCUAUUUUCUCCCCUUGCUUGUUGAUUACCGGAAAGUGUUACCUAAUCUAAUGGGCGCUUGUACAUUGCAUUUUAAAUGUUGUUUUUUUCCUUGGAUCUUUUGGAAAAUAACUCAAUGUAUAUUUACUUGAAUAUUCAUGUACACACAGUACAUAUGUAUUAGUGCAUGGAUGUACUGUAUGUACAUAUAUGUAU